AUUAUUUACAAAAAAAUUUGUGUGUGGGGCUUUUCUUUACCACGUAACCGGCAAUCCAUUACUUCGUAGACCCAAAGUUUAACGGAUCACAUCGGCAGUCAAAAAAAAAAACACCAACUUCUUCCCUUCCCGCCAAAAAAUCACUACUGGUGACAACAGAAGAAAACAAACGCGAUGUCCAAUGUCUCAAAUCAAUACAGCUCCUUACUGAAAUUCUGUUGCGAAACCCGAAACCAGAAACAGGCCAAGAAGCUCCAUUGUCACAUAAUCAAGACGUUAAUGAAUCCAGAACCCUUUUUAUAUAAUAAUCUCAUUAAUACAUAUAGCAAACUAGGAAACCUAAAAUAUGCACGCCACUUGUUUGAAGAAAUGUCCCAACCGAAUCUUUUUUCAUGGAAUACAAUCCUUUCCGCUUAUUCGAAAUCUGGGCAUCUCUCGAAAAUGAAAGAGAUCUUCAAUCUCAUGCCAAGCAGAGAUGGGGUCUCUUGGAACUCUCUUAUUGCAGGGUAUGCCUGUUAUGGUUCGGUUGCCGAGGCAGUUAAGGCUUAUAACUCGAUGUUGAGAGAUGGAUUUUUUAAUUUGAAUAGGAUUACAUUUUCAACCAUGCUUAUAUUGGCGUCAAGUCAAGGUUGUGUCGAUUUGGGUAGGCAAAUUCACGGGCAAAUUAUGAAAUUUGGUUUUGGAGCAUAUGUUUUUGUGGGGAGUCCUUUGGUGGAUAUGUAUGCAAAAAUGGGCUCGGUUUAUGAGGCAAAGCAGGUUUUUAACGAGAUGCCAGAGAGGAAUGUGGUAAUGUAUAACACAAUUAUCACGGGGCUUUUGCGAUGUGGUAUGAUAGAGGAGUCGAAGAGGCUGUUUCAAACUAUGAAGGAAACAGAUUCCAUUUCAUGGACAACAAUGAUUACAGGGCUUGUGCAAAACGGAUUGGGGGGAGAAGCUAUUGAUUUGUUUAGACAGAUGCGACUAGAGGGUCUGGCUAUGGAUCAGUAUACGUUUGGCAGUGUGUUGACUGCUUGUGGGGGACUAACUGCCUUAGAAGAGGGCAAACAAGUUCAUGCCUUUAUAAUUAGGAGUGAUUAUAAGGAUAACAUCUUUGUGGGUAGUGCACUCGUUGACAUGUACUGCAAAUGUAAAAUUAUCCGUUAUGCAGAAACAGUUUUCAGAAGAAUGACACAUAAGAAUGUUGUGUCAUGGACUGCAUUGUUAGUGGGUUAUGGCCAAAAUGGAUUCAGUGAAGAGGCUGUCAGGAUCUUUUGUGACAUGCAGAGAAAUGGGAUUGAUCCAGAUGAUUUUACUCUAGGAAGUGUAAUAAGUUCAUGUGCAAACCUAGCUAGCUUAGAAGAAGGUGCCCAAUUUCAUUGUCGAGCCCUUGUUUCUGGCUUGAUUUAUUUUAUAACAGUCUCCAAUGCACUUGUUACUUUAUAUGGUAAAUGUGGAAGCAUAGAAGAUUCCAAUCGCUUGUUCAAUGAGAUGAACUUUAGGGAUGAAGUCUCUUGGACAGCAUUGGUUUCAGGGUAUGCACAGUUUGGAAAAGCCAAUGAGACAAUUGAAUUGUUUGAAAGAAUGCUAGCCAAUGGUCUGAAACCUGAUGCUGUUACAUUCAUAGGGGUUCUUUCAGCUUGCAGUAGAGCGGGAUUAGUGGAAAGAGGACAGAAAUAUUUUGAAUCAAUGCUGAAAGAACAUAGAAUAAGUCCUGUUCCUGAACACUACACUUGUAUGAUUGACCUUUUUAGUCGAGCUGGAAAGUUAGAAGAAGCCAAAAGUUUUAUCAAUAAGAUGCCUUUCCAUCCUGAUGCAAUUGCUUGGUCCACUUUGCUCAGCUCAUGCAGACUGUAUGGUAACAUGGAAAUCGGGGAAUGGGCAGCUCAGUCACUUCUGGAACUAGAGCCCCAGAACCCUGCAGGUUAUAUCUUGCUCUUGAGCAUCUAUGCUGCUAAAGGAAAAUGGAACGAUGUGGCUCACUUAAGGAGAGGAAUGAGAGAAAAGGGAGUCAGAAAGGAACCAGGAUGCAGUUGGAUAAAAUAUAAGAGCAAAGUUCACAUUUUCUCUGCAAAUGACCAGUCUAGUCCAUUUUCAAAUCAGAUAUAUGCAGAGCUGGAUAAAUUAAACCAAAAGAUGAUAGAGGAGGGGUAUGUGCCAGAUGCACGUUCAGUUCUUCACAAUGUUGUCGAGUCAGAGAAGAUACAGAUGCUUAACUACCAUAGUGAGAAGCUUGCAAUUGCUUUUGGGUUGAUAUUUAUUCCUCAUGGCCUCCCCAUACGAGUAGUUAAAAAUUUGAGAGUAUGUGUGGACUGUCACAAUGCCACUAAAUAUAUUUCUAAGAUAACUCAGAGAGAAAUUCUUGUAAGAGAUGCUGUUCGGUUCCAUUUGUUCAAAGAUGGAACAUGUUCAUGUGGGGAUUUCUGGUGAUAUGGUUCUUGUACUUUUCUAAGUUGUUGUAUUACAUCUAAGAUCACCCAGAGAAGAGAAGUGACCCAAUAUCUAUGAUUAUGCUGCCACAUAGGCAUAUCACUGGACCACUUGUGUGCUUUGUUACUGGAUCAAUAAUUCUGCAAGACUGCAAGAUAUCGGUCAUAAUGUUAAACAAAGUGCAAAUUUGAUGUCAAGGAUCUUCUACUUAAAAGCAUUGAGGAAGUCAAGUUGUUUAAAGUAAAUGCAUGCUGGAUAGCAACUCAUUAUGGGAUUAGCAAAGCUAACAACAUACCUGCAACUGGCUACAGAUCCCAAUUACUUCAGCUGGAGGGGCCCAAUCACCAAAGUUCCUUUCAAUAAACUGGUAUGCAACGCCACUCUUUCCUCUGCCAACCACAAAGAGUCCACCUUUAAUUUCUCCUUCCCCUUUGAAGUUUUGCUUUAUUCCCAUAGCUUUUGCCCGCUUGUAAUUUGCAAUGGCUCUUGGGUUGAAAAUAAACCCCGAUACAAACUUGUCCUUCAGGAGUUGUCCGCCUCCAAGAGCUUUGAAAAAUCCCCUAUCCCGAUCAUAGAGUACAACACCACCCCAAUAUCGAGGCCAGAAGUCCGUUACCUGCAUGACAACAAUAGCAGUAGUACAUCAAAUGAGGUAUUUAUUGAAUGGCAAGAUGUCGAAAUUUCAACGAUUACCUCUGACUCUAUAUAUUCAUGGAGAACUGCAAUCAGUUGAACUCCUAGAGCAUCGAACAUUGGUUUCUUGGCAUACAGCUGGUGAGCUUCAGCUCUGCACAUGAUGCACCUGUUUCAAAAAUUCAAGAAAUGCAAAGGAAAAAAUGUCAGUUUCGCCCCUCAAUAUUAUUUCCGUCUAUGCUUAAAAUUUGAUUGUGUUAUUCAGGAAUCAGGACUGGAAGAUAUUCAAGUCUUAUAUCUGUCUGUAUAUGGGUUCCUGAAUUAUUUUGUUAAAUAUCUAUCCGUUGUCACCAAAUCUGGGUGCUCGUCACAUCUUAGUGUUUAUACGUUACCAAUUCUUUUAGUUGAAAUUAUGUUACUGUUGAUAAAAAUGGGCUAUCUACAAAAAAAAAAAAAAAGAA